AUGGCCACGCCUCCGCCAAAUGCCACGAUACCCUGGCCGCCGCCCCGCUGGAAAAAAGUUCUUCCGAUGCCCCCGCCUCAACGUGCGCCUCCUUCCUCCUCGUCGCUGAUGGGAUUCGUUGUGUCUCUGGGUUUCUUUCAGAUCUUCCCGCUGGGGGGUCCGGUGGAGGGAGGCACCCGCCUGACGGUGCAGGGCAAGAACCUGGGUCGCCGGGCCCAAGCGGUCAAAGUGUCCAUCGGGGAGGUCCCGUGCGCACUCGUGCCCGAGCUCUACUCUGUCUCUGUUGAGCUGGUGUGCGUCACCGGGAGGUCUCCGUCGGACGGGACGGACCCGGUGCGAGUGGACGUGGAUCAGGGCGGGACGGGCAAGUCCAAGGAAAGCUUCUCCUACUUGGUCCCCAAGGUGGUCUCCGUGGAGCCCGGGAAAGGCUCCCGCGCCGGAGGAACCAGAGUGACCAUCAACGGGGAACACCUGGCGACCGGUUCUCGGGUUCGAGUCGUCAUCAACGACACGCUGGAAUGCGUCAUCACCGAGCAACGAGACGACGCCCUGGAGUGCACCAUGCCGCCGGCCCCGCAGGCGGACGACGGCGGCACGGUGUCGCUCUGCGUCCAGUUUGAGGACGCGCCGUGCCAGCGGGAGCGACUGGCCGCCACGUACGCGUACGAGAAGAACCCCACCAUCGGCUUCAUCAAGCCCGCCAGGAGCUUCCUCAGCGGCGGCAGGACCAUCACGGUGGCGGGCCACGGAUUUGACCUGGUGCAGAGCGCCACCAUGCAGGUGGCGGGAAUCGGACAAACGGUGUGCGCCGUGGUUUCGCCCGCCGCCAUCACAUGCCCGUCGCCGCCCUCCGCUCAGUCCCGGCCCACCUCGGUGCAGUUCUACCUGAAUGGAGUCCUCUACGCGGGGGAGCGCCCCUCCCCCUCUGACGGGGACGCCGCGGAGGAGGAGGAUGAGGAGGAGGAUGAAGAGGAGCCGCGCACGGGUCGCUUCCCGUUGGAAUACGUGGAGGACCCGCAGUUCUUCACGGCCAACAAGGAAAAGUUGAUCAAACAUCACCCGGGGGAGCAGCUGACGCUCAUCAUCAAUAAAGGGCCCAGCGAUCUGGAGCUGAUGCCGGACGAAUACUCUGUGAUGGUCGGCCCCUACCCGUGCAACAUCAGCUUCCACAACGACCAACUUUUCCACUGCACCAUCGGCGGCCUGCUGAGCUCCCGGGAGACCGAGAUGCCCGUCACCGUGCAAGUGGGCAACUUCCGGCACACCGUGGCCAAAGUGCAGCUGGGCGGCAGCGAGCUGGCCAUCGUGGUGUCCAUCGUGGUCUGCUGCGUCCUGCUGCUGCUCUGCACGGCGGCCCUCGUGGUGUACUGUACAAAGAGUCGAAGGGCUGAACGCUACUGGCAGAAAACUUUACUCCAAAUGGAAGAGAUGGAGUCCCAGAUCAGAGAGGAGAUCCGCAAAGGCUUUGCGGAGCUGCAGACGGACAUGACCGACCUGACCAAGGAGCUGAACCGCAGCCAAGGCAUCCCCUUCCUGGAGUACAAACACUUUGUCACGCGCACCUUCUUCCCCAAGAUGUUCUCCGAUUACGAGAGGAGUCUGGUGCAGCCCACCUACGAGUACGAUUCUUCGGGGCCUCGAGCCCUGCCGGAGACGCACCCGCUCUUGCGGGACUGGCAGGCCGCCAGCCCGAGCAGAGCCAACGUGGAGGAAGGCAUGGCGCUGUUCGCCACCCUCCUCAACAACAAGCACUUCCUCAUCACCUUCGUCCACGCCCUGGAGCAGCAGAAGGACUUUGCUGUGCGCGACCGGUGCAGUCUGGCCUCCCUGCUGACCAUCGCCCUGCACGGCAAGCUGGAGUACUACACGGGCAUCAUGAAAGACCUCCUGGUGGACCUGAUCGACGCCUCGGCCUCCAAGAACCCCAAGCUGAUGCUGCGCCGCACCGAGUCGGUGGUGGAGAAAAUGCUGACCAACUGGAUGUCCAUCUGCAUGUACAGCUACCUCAAAGAAACGGUGGGCGAGCCCUUCUUCCUGCUGCUGUGCGCCAUCAAGCAGCAGAUCAACAAGGGCUCCAUCGACGCCAUCACGGGCAAAGCGCGCUACACCCUCAACGAGGAGUGGCUGCUCCGCGAGAACAUCGAAGCCAAGCCGCAGAACAUCAACGUGUCCUUCCAGGGUUGCGGUGUGGACUCGCUGGCCGUCAAGGUGAUGAACACCGACACCAUCUGCCAAGUGAAGGAGAAAAUCAUCGAAGCCUUUUACAAGAACUUGCCCUUCUCCCAGUGGCCCCGAGCGCAAGACGUGGACCUGGAGUGGUUUGACUCGGGCAGCAACGGCAAAGCUCUGCAGGACCUGGACAACUCCUCGCUCAUGGAGGACGGCCGCAAGAAACUCAACACCGUCUUCCAUUACCAGAUCCCGGAAGGGGCGUCGCUCGCCAUGAGCCUGCAAGACAAGAAGGAGAAGGCGCUCGGGAGAGUCAAAGACCUGGACACGGAAAAGUACGUCCACUUGGUCCUUCCGCACGACGAGCCGACGGAGCCCAAGAAGUCGCACGGGCAGAGCCGGCGCAAGAAGGUGCUGCCCGAAAUCUACCUGACGCGCCUCCUGUCCACCAAAGGAACGCUCCAGAAGUUCUUGGACGACCUGUUCCAGGCCAUCCUCAGCAUCCCCCCGGAACGGCCCCCGCUGGCGGUCAAAUACUUCUUUGACUUCCUGGAGGAGCAGGCCGACAAACGGGGCAUCACCGACCCGGACACCCUCCACAUCUGGAAAACCAACAGUUUACCGCUGCGAUUCUGGGUCAACAUCCUGAAGAACCCCCAGUUCGUCUUUGACAUCGACAAGACGGAUCACAUGGACGCGUGUCUGUCCGUCAUCGCGCAGGCCUUCAUCGACGCCUGCUCCGUUUCCGACCUGCAGCUGGGCAAGGAUUCUCCAACCAACAAGCUGCUCUACGCCAAGGAAAUCCCCGAGUACAAGAAGCGGGUGCAGUGCUACUACCGGCAGAUCCAGGAGAUGCCGCCUCUCAGCGAGCAGGAGAUGAACGCUCACCUGGCCGAGGAGUCUCGCAAGUACCGCAAUGAAUUCAACACCAACCUGGCCUUGACGGAGAUCUACAAGUACGCCAAGAGAUACAGGAACCAGGUGACCAACGCCCUGGAGUGCAACCCGACGGCUCGUCGCACUCAACUGCAGCACAAGUUCGAGCAGGUUGUCGCCCUGGUGGAGGACAACAUCUACGAGUGUUGCAGCGAGGCCUGAGUCUCCGCCCCCCCCCCUCCAUCCUCCACCCUAUUGGCCUUCGCUAUUGCCGUUUUGCCAUGAUUGAAGCACGGUGUGGAGCCCCCCCCCCACUUUUUCCCCCAUUUAAAAGGCGUCCGGCUUCGAAAGGGAGUCCGAGAAGAGACUUGGGGACCCGAGGCCCGGCCGGUCUUGAUGCACUGAACCUUUCCCCGAGGGAACGAGCCCAAUGAUGCACUGCGCUGUAUGAUAUCGUGUCCAUAGCAAUAUUUAGAGAUGUGUCGUCGUGUUUUGGAGCGGCCGUCCGACCGCCCGGAGGAGCCGUCAUCGUCGUCGUCGUCGUCGGUAACGCCUGUAACGUUCUCAGGUGGGACUCAUCGCCGUCAGUGCUUUGAACUUUUUGGUCCCCGCGUGCUUUGCGGGCGAAGCGGAGGCGGGUCGAGACCAGCGAAGCCGCUGGUCUUCAAACGCCGGCAAAGCCGUCCGUCCGCACGCGCGGGAAACGUGAUCUAUUAUCUCAAGAGAAAUGUCUCCCACGACUGUAUUUGUGAUGCCAAAUGAGCGCGGAUGAAAUAAACAACGGCGUUUGCGCUUCCAUUGUGCCUGUACCGUCGCCGCCAUCUGCUCUGCCAAA